AUGGAUUAUACCGUCAAUGCAAAACACAAUAAUACAAUUGAUCGUGUCUUUGUUCCCUCUAAUGUCAAAUUAUCUCAGACAGACGGCAUUACCUUAUCCGUCCAAAAGGACGCCCAAGGAAGAUACACAUCCGCAGCCGUAGGCACAAAAAGGUCCGAUUUUUUAUAUGGCACCUAUCGCGCCAGAAUGAAAACAAGCAAUGUAGACGGCACAGUAGCCGCUUUUUUCUUUUAUCGGAAUGACACGAGUGAAAUCGAUAUGGAAUCCCUGAGUCGAGUCAAGGACCCUUUUAAAACAUAUUUCGCUAUUCAACCUCAGAUCUAUGAAAAGGAUGGUUCUGCCUCACCCUUGACAAACGAAAAGCACGGUCUCGACUUUAAUCCCACAGAGGACUUUCACGAGUAUCGAUUUGACUGGUUACCAAAUUCUGUCAAAUUCUACAUUGACGGCAGCUUUGUGCGUGAAAUGACAACAAAUGUGCCAGAUUCACCGGGCCGAAUUCUGCUUAAUCACUGGACAGAUGGCAAUCCAUUCUUUAGUGGGGGUCCUCCCACAGAAAACGCAGAACUGAGGGUCUCGCAUCUUAAUAUGUUUUUUAAUUCCUCCGAAGCAACACAACCUCCAUCCUGUUCCAAAUCAGAAACACCGUGUAGUAUUUCAGGUAAGAGUUAAAAUAGAGUAAAAGAGUGAGAGUAAAGAAG